AUGAUCAUAUUCGCCAACAUGGCAUCGAAGCAGGCGGUAUCAAGGACAGCAGCCAAGGCCAUACCCACAGGACAGCGAGCUUCAUCGAGCAGGGCGAACUUCCUGGGACAACAGGCCGCAGCGACAAGAGUAGCGACCUCCACAUACCCAGCCCGAGCACACCGCAAGCAACAGCAGCUUGCUCGAUCUGUCUAUGCCGUAGCUUUUGCAGGUGCUCUGGCAACAUUUUCGCAGUACUACAUCAACAACGGCAGUUUCCUGAAACAAUCGCAUGCUGAAGCGCCGCCCAAGGAUGAUGAGGAGAAUCCACUGGUUUUCGAGCAGUCGCGGAAGAAGGCGGGAGUGAGCAAAGAGGAGAACAGAGAUCUGAUCUCCAGUCAGCAUUUACAGGUCAAGAGGUCGUGGGAGUCGCCUGGUGUGUAUGCGUGGGGAAGCAAUACUGGACGAGUGGUCGCGCCGGAUAGCACGGACAAUGUGAUCAAGACGCCGAGACGGAUAAAGUUCUUUGACAACAAGUUAUUGCGAGACAUCAAGCUGGAUAGGAACUUCGGCGCGGCGAUUGAUGAGAAGGGGAAUCUGUUGCAGUGGGGUAUCGGGUAUGCGCCAGACAUCAAGGAGCCGGUCACAACGCUGAAGGGCAAGAACCUGAUCUCGCUAUCGAUAUCGAAGGAUCGAAUACUGGGACUCGCUGGCAACGGCAAGGUGUAUAGCAUACCAGUGUCGCAGGAAGAUCAGCAAAGUGGUACAAAGGUCUCGGAGUCCAGCUGGAUCCCAUUCUGGAAUGGACGAAGCAGCAUUGCAUACCGGGACCUUACGCCGAAAGACUUCGGCUAUGGCGAGAAAGUCACAGCGAUAGCUGGUGGGCUGGAGCAUGCCUUGAUGCUGUCCUCGAAAGGUCGUGUGUUUUCGGCGGCAUCGGCGUCGGACAGCUUCCCAGCACGAGGACAAUUGGGAGUGCCUGGGUUGACUUGGACUAGUCGGCUGGAGGGAGCAUUCGAUCAACCCCACGAGCUGACUACGCUACGUGGAUUCCCAGUCGUUAAGCUUGCAUGCGGCGACUAUCACUCGCUAGUGCUUGAUAAAGAGGGACGGGUCUUUGCCUGGGGUGACAACUCAUCUGGCCAGCUCGGCUUCGAUUACAACGCAGAAUCCAGCAUAAUCGAUUCACCAUCCCUUCUUGCGACUGGCAAGCUGUACUCUGCCUCAUCGCAACAGCCCAAGAUCACCCACAUCGCCGCUGGAGGCAGCAAUUCAUACAUUACAGUCGAUGCAACGCGCAUGCCUUCGAAGAAGGACGACCCUAACGACCCACGAGUACAGAUGCAAAUCGGCCGUGUCACGGCUGAUACGUUCGCCUUCGGCUCCGGCAUCCAAGGGAACCUCGCCAACAACCGCUGGACUCACGUUCAAUCCACACCCACCAAGAUCCCAUCCCUCUCUGGCCUCUUCGAAUACGACGAGACCACCAACCAGACCGUCCCCAUCCGCCUCUCACACCUUUCCGUCGGCCAGUCUCACGCCUCAGCCAUCAUGAAGAACAUUACAUACACCGCAGCGUCAGCGACCACUAGCAGUGACGACACCAACUGGGGUGCUGAUGUGGUAUUUUGGGGCGGAAAUGAACACUACCAGCUUGGCACUGGCAAGCGGAACAAUGUUGCUCAGCCUGUAUAUAUCCAACCUCUGGAUAUGGACGCUGAGGUGAAGAGGGCGAAGAAGAGCACGGGCGGGAAGGAGGAGCAUAGAUUCCACAUCACACCGAGAGCGACUGCUACGCUGGGCGAUGGGCGGAAGGUCAGCGUUGAGCAGAGGAUAGAGUGUGGACGGAAUGUUACUGCUGUGUAUUCGGGCACGUAA